ACGAAGCCGCCAUUUCAAACAGCGAAGGAGCAACAGAAGCUGUCGGAAAUUUUGUACAUUUUUUUUAUUUUUCUAACAUAUUUUUAUUUUUCUUAGCAAAUAGGAAAAUUAUAUUACUUUUUGAAUCUACCUCGCCUGCAUCACAACAGAAAUGGAUGCAGACACAGAAGAAAAGAUUACAGAAACUUCGAAAACUUCCAAGGAUGAAUCCGAGAGAUCCAUAAUGGACAAGAGCGCCAGGGGUCGUGGAUUUAAAGGCCGUGGUCGAGGGGGUCGGAUGAGUCGAGGUGGCAUGCGUGGUGGGCGGGGCAUGAUGAAAGGGUUUGGCCCACCUGGACAUGGGAGGGGUCGACCGAAAGAUGGACCCAUGAAUGGAUUUGCACCCAUGAGAGGAAUGAGGAGGAUGCGACCUUACCCAGACAUGAGAGGUCGUCGGGGUAGGGGCGGACCAAUGGGCAUGGGCCCUCCUCCUCCUCCCCCACCACCUCCCAUGCACCUCAGAGGUCCCUUCCCACCUAUGCCCAGGCACGGACCCCCUCCACCCCCUCCUCCAGGUCAUCCUGGUUUCAGAGGACGUCCACCGCACCCUCGAGGCCGUGGCAUGCCGCCCCCUGGACCUCCACGCCACUUCCACCCCCGCGGUCCGAGAGGCUACCACAAUGGACCGGUCUCUCCUCCGCCUCACCCCCCACCUGGCAGAGGCCAGAGGUGGCCAGGGCCCCCUGGUGGCCGACGCUUUUAACACAGCCUGCCCUAAAAACAAUAACCAAGCACUGGUUAAUGUAGAAGGGGCCUAAAGUGGCGCAGUAAAUUAAAUGCCCCUCAAUUAUGUGUUAUACAAAGUCUCUGAGUAUAGUCAUGACAUACUCUGUGGCCAAAUGUCUGCUUAUUGAUAUUGUCUGGCAAAGAAAUAAUGUGAAAAUGACAACUGAGGACACAUAAAAAUGCCUCACAACUUUUAACAAUGUAAAGGCAUCCUCACAUUCUGUUAUCUAUGUUAAAGAAAUACUGUUGGUACUGUAGGAACUAUUUGACAUUGUUGAGAAAAAGCUGUUUGAAAUCGCUGUUCUCAAAGAGAGGAAAAUUCUUGUCAAAGUUCUUUAAAUGUUCUGUGGUUCUUGUUACAGUCACCCUGUGAGCCUUAAGAAAUGUUCCUGAUCCUUAAUAAAGAAUUAAAAAAUGGGUGACACUGUAUAUUUGAAGGUGGGGAACAAUUAAUGAAAGAAUGCACAACAGCCCUCGAGCACUACUGUUACUAGUUUAGUACAUCUUGGACCUCCCUAACCUUUCCUUUUGUUACAUGGAAAUAGUUAAUGUAUUAUAAGCUCACCAAGCAAUGCAGCAAAUACUGUUGAACACUUACAUAUUUUUCAAGAGAAAAGACAAUAUUCCACUUGUCAAGUAUUCAUGAGUAUUUAAUUUUAUAUUUUUAUCGUUAAUGUGCAGCUCUUUUAAGUUAUGAGUAUUGCUGUUUGGAACAUUCAUGUUUGUCUUCAGCAAUCUAUUGUGUAAAGACAAAAAGAAAAAGGCAUUAUAAAUGAAUAGUAUAUUGAAAUAUAUAUCUAGUAGCAUUUAUAAAUGAAAGCAAAUUUCAUUAGUAUUUUCUUCACUUAAGGAUAAGAAAUUACUCUCUACUGUGUUCAGUUUUUUGAAGUGUUUUAAAAACUUUUCACUGUAAUUAACAUAACUUUUGUGAACCUGUGAAUGUGUUUUAUGAAAAUCGUCAAGACAUAUGACAUAGUCGUGGAGAAAAAAAAUAAAACUAAAAAUAAACUCAACUUCUCUUUUUUUGUUUAUUCACAAACAAGUCUGAGAGUUGUCAUUAUAAUUCACAACAAUUCUGUAAUAUAUAUAGAUAUAUAUAUACACAGUGGCACAGUAACAGUGUUUCAUAUUUGAAAGUGAACGUUUGAUCCAUGUAAAGACCACUGCAAAAGAUGCAUAUUAUUUUAUAGAUGAUUUUGGAAGAGUGUGGAGGACCAAGAGCCCUUAAUGAAUGUGAUAUUCAGUGGAUCUCAAAGAAUCAUAAGAAAAGGCUUGGAAAAGUCACCCAUGAAUUGCACUUUUAGUAGCUGAGAACUUGAUUUCACUCUCUCCAGUGCAUGACUAUUUAUCUUACCACGUAUAUUUGACUGGAGGACUCCACCAACCGCUCCACUUGAAAGGCAUUGAAAUGCUUUUGACCGAACGUCAUGUCACAGGUCAGAUUCAGUGGUAGCAUGUCUAAAAGGAGGACAUCAUUUGGAAAGGAUAAACACUCUGAUAUGACCAAGAACUUAAAUAUUAUCAUGCUGUCAUAAUUAGAUGUUGUCAGUAAUUACAAUUUGACCUUAAAGAGGACAUUCGGAGAAUCUCACUAAUGUGUAUUUUGAUUGAUGUGUUUUUCUAUUAUUAAUUUUUACACUUUUGAAUAUUCUCAUUAUAUAAAAAAAAGUUUGUUGCCAUUCAUGCAGUUGCAUAUGAAGAAGAUUCGUAAGAGCUUUUGAAAUGGAUGGUUUUGCAAAGUGUAGUAAUACACUAAUGGCACCAUCACAUGGGACACAGAAUAAAGUGGACACCAAUUGAAGAAUAUUUUAGCUCUUCGGGUUUUGAAAGCUUUGUGAAUGCAUGUAGCCUGUGUCCCAUACUGUUCUUCUAAUUAAGGCCUUCUGAAUUUAUAAAGAUAAUGCAAAAGCACAGUCACAUGAGGAGGCAUUUAUUAUUAAUACUGUGUGUUAUAUGUACUGCAGGCAUAAACCAGAAUUUUACUUUUAUUUCGAGAUGAAAAAGCUUCUUAGUCUCUGCACUACCAGGGCACUGCAGAAUACUCAAAUAUGGCUGUAGAACUUUAUCAAAGCUAUCUGUUUAAUAAAUUAGCUGCAGAAAGGUGUUGGCUCUCUCCCCCUACUCUGUCUGUCUUUUUCCAUCUCUUCAGCACUCUCGGUACAUUUUGCUGCCUCCUCAGUCUCUGCAGUCCCUCCUUGUUUCUCCCUUUGGUUGAUUAUAACAGACUGACUGUUGUUGUC